AUGCCUCUAUCCCUGGGAGCCGAGAUGUGGGGGCCCGAGGUCCUGCUGCUGCUGCUGCUCCUGGCGUCAUUCACAGGCCGGUGCCGGCCGGGUGAGCUGGAGACCUCGGACCUGGUGACCGUGGUGCUGGGCCAGGACGCCAAGCUGCCCUGCUUCUACCGAGGAGACCCCGGCGAGCAGGUGGGGCAGGUGGCGUGGGCUCGCGUGGACGCGGGCGAGGGCGCCCGGGAGCUGGCGCUGCUGCACUCCAAGUACGGGCUGCACGUGAGCGCGGCCUACGAGGGCCGCGUGGAGCAGCCGCCGCCACCACGGAGCCCCCUGGACGGCGCCGUGCUCCUGCGCAACGCGGUGCAGGCCGACGAGGGCGAGUACGAGUGCCGCGUCAGCACCUUCCCCGCCGGCAGCUUCCAGGCGCGGCUGCGGCUCCGCGUGCUGGUGCCCCCCCUGCCCUCCCUGAACCCCGGGCCAGCGCUUGAAGAGGGCCAGGGCCUGACGCUGGCAGCCUCCUGCACAGCAGAGGGCAGCCCAGCCCCCAGCGUGACCUGGGACACGGAGGUCAAGGGCACGGCGUCCAGCCGUUCCUUCAAGCACUCCCGCUCAGCGGCCGUCACUUCGGAGUUCCACCUGGUGCCCAGCCGCAGCAUGAACGGGCAGCCGCUCACCUGCGUGGUGUCCCACCCUGGCCUGCUCCAGGACCAGAGGAUCACCCACGUCCUCCAGGUGGCCUUCCUCGCUGAGGCCUCCGUGAGGGGCCUUGAAGACCAAAAGCUGUGGCAGGUUGGCAGAGAAGGCGCUACACUCAAGUGCCUGAGCGAGGGGCACCCCCCUCCCUCGUACAACUGGACACGGUUGGACGGGCCCCUGCCCAGCGGCGUCCGUGUGCAGGGGGACACGCUGGGCUUUCCUCCGCUGACCGCCGAGCACAGCGGCACCUACGUCUGCCACGUCAGCAAUGAGCUGUCCUCCAGGGACUCCCAGGUCACGGUGGACGUCCUCGACCCAGAGGAGGCCCCGGGGAAGCAGGUGGACCUGGUGUCGGCGUCCGUGGUGGUGGUGGGGGUGAUCGCCGCGCUCCUGUUCUGCCUCCUGGUGGUGGUGGUGGUGCUCAUGUCCCGGUACCAUCGGCGCAAGGCUCAGCAGAUGACCCAGAAAUACGAGGAGGAGCUGACCCUGACCAGGGAGAACUCCAUCCGGAGGCUGCACUCCCACCACUCGGACCCCAGGAGCCAGCCGGAGGAGAGUGUAGGGCUGAGAGCCGAGGGCCACCCCGAUAGUCUCAAGGACAACAGUAGCUGCUCUGUGAUGAGUGAAGAGCCCGAGGGCCGCAGCUACUCCACGCUGACCACCGUGCGGGAGAUUGAGACACAGACCGAACUGCUGUCCCCAGGCUCCGGGCGGGCAGAGGACGAGGAAGACCGGGAUGAAGGCAUCAAACAGGCCAUGAACCAUUUUGUUCAAGAGAACGGAACCCUGCGGGCCAAACCCACGGGCAACGGCAUCUACAUCAACGGGCGGGGGCAUCUGGUCUGA